CUCUUGCUCUGUCAUCACCUUUCUCCCUCCCGAGUUCCCAAUAUCCUUACCUGCGACAUUAUAGUAGAAACUCUGAAUACCAACGGCCACAAGAAACAUGGGUGCAGUAAUCAAUGACUCCGAUUUUGUUUCUGAAGAAAUCACCAAAGCCCUCAUUGAAGCUGCUCAUGAUCAUAUAGAACGACUAGCAAUCCAAGCCCCCAUCGUAUCAUCCUAUAAUGAACGCAUUAGGCCAUUACUGGACUGCGUAGACAGGCUACGAAACCUUAAAGUCAUGCAAGAAGGAAUCCAGCUUCCAACAAUUGUUGUUGUUGGAGAUCAAUCUUCAGGUAAGUCCAGCGUUCUAGAGUCCUUGGCUGGAAUUAGCCUGCCUAGGGGACAAGGGAUAUGCACAAGGGUUCCCUUGAUUAUGAGGCUGCAAAGUCAUCCCAGUCCCGUGCCAGAGCUGAGCUUGGAGUUCAACGGAAGAGUUGUUCCAACCGAUGAGGACCAUAUUGCUGAGGCCAUCAGGGUUGCAACUGAUGAGAUUGCUGGCAAAAGUAAGGGAAUAUCAAAUGUUCCCAUGACUUUGACUGUUAAAAAAAAUGGUGUCCCUGAUCUUACUAUGGUAGAUUUACCUGGGAUUACUAGAGUUCCAGUUCAUGGGCAGCCGGAAGACAUCUACGAGCAAAUAUCGGCAAUUAUCAUGGAGUAUAUCAAGCCAGAAGAAAGCAUAAUACUCAAUGUUUUAUCAGCUACUGUUGAUUUUUCGACUUGUGAAUCAAUUCGGAUGUCCCAAAAAGUCGACAAAACAGGCGAAAGAACUCUGGCAGUUGUCACAAAGGCCGACAAAUCCCCUGAAGGCUUGCUCGAGAAGGUAACGGCUGAUGAUGUGAAUAUUGGACUUGGAUACGUCUGUGUGAGAAAUCGAAUUGGCGAUGAAUCAUACGAGGAAGCUCGAGCUGUAGAAGCUAUGCUUUUUGAAACACAUCCGUUGCUGUCCAAGAUCCACAAGUCUAUCGUUGGCAUUCCUGUUUUAGCCCAGAAACUGGUGCAAAUUCAGGCAACCAUAAUUUCAAAAUGCUUGCCAGAUAUUGUGAGAAAGAUCAAUGACAAGCUAACUGCAAGUGUUGCAGAGCUGAACAAGUUGCCACAACAGUUGAAAUCGGUUCCUGAAGCAGUCACUGCUUUUAUGCGCAUCAUAUCUUCAGCCAAAGAGUCCCUGAGGAAAAUAUUUAUCAGAGGGGAAUUCGAUGAGUAUCCAGAUGAAAAGGAAAUGCAUUGUACUGCUAGACUGGCAGAGAUGCUGAGCGCUUACUCUGAGGAUUUGCAGUCCAUCUCUAUCCAAAGUGAACAAAAGCAGACCUUCUUGGUGGAAGAGAUUAGCAUCCUGGAGGAAGCUAAAGGUAUAAACCUACCUAAUUUCCUUCCUCGUAGUGUUUUUCUCAUCUCACUGCAUAAAAAGGUCAGGGCCGUUUCUGCUACACCAGAUGAGUUUGUGAACAAGUUUUGGGAGUACUUACAAGGGGUGUUAGUUCCUGUCUUGAUGAAGCACUCUGCAAACUACCCACAACUUCAACCUUCAAUCAGAAGAGCUGCCCAAAGUCUUGUUUCCAAGAAAAGGGAGCAGUCAGUUGAUUGGGUAUUGCAGAUUAUCGAAAUGGAAAAACUCACUGAUUAUACUUGCAAUCCUGAGUACGCUGCAACCUGGCAUGAUUUGAUGAAAAGCCAGGACAGGUUCAUGAUCAUUAUGAAUGAUCAUAAGAAAACAACAACUCUAGAGAUUGAUGGAAUUGGUGAGGUUGAAGUCGGGCAUCUGAGAAAUCAUCUGGUCGUUGCACAACAAGCUUUUGAUCUGAAAAUGAGGAUGACUGCUUAUUGGAAGAUUGUCCUGAGGAGGUUGGUUGAUAGCAUGGCUUUGCAUUUACUCUUCAGCAGCCAAAAUCUGGUGAACAAAGACUUGGAAACCGAAAUGGUGAAUGAGUUCAUGGGACCUCACGGGGGUGGAUUGGAGCGGAUGUUGGAGGAAUCUCCAUCUGUUGCUGAUAAACGUGACAGAUUGAAUGGAAGCAUCCGGUUGCUGAGGGAGUCUAAAGAGACUGUUGCUGAGAUAAUGGACAACAUUGCUGCUUAUGGCGAUUAGAUUGGUCAUAAUAGCCAUUGUUUACCUCGCCAUUUGAUAACAGUACUAUAAUUACGUUGUUGUUGUUGUUUAUUUCUUUAAAAAAAAUAUAUUGGUUUCUUGGAUUACCAAGAACUUGAGUGGAGUAUUAGUGCUAGCAUAAGGGAAGCUAAUAUGGUAUAAGCAGAAUCAUAUCUAAUUUCCCAGUUGGCCGAUUUGAGAUCUUAAGUCCAAAGUCGUUUAAUCUGUAUUCUUCUGGGAUAUUUCAUACUUCGUAAGGCACAACGAUGAUGUUCAUUGAAUGGAUUUGGACAACUCCCAAAGCAAUUGCUUA